AAAAAAAAUUUAUUUCGUACGAAUAAAAUAAAAUGGCUAAACUUAUAAAUAAUCUUUCUGUUUGUUUCUUCUUCUUGUGUUUGGCUGCUAUUACCCCGAGGCUGCUCGCACAUUUAAAUGAAGCGGCUGCCCCCGUCCCCAUGGCCGACGAAGUGGGCAUGGCUGACGACACCGGGAAGGAGUCAGAUGCAGUGACAGUGGGAAGUGACGACGUCACGCCGCUGAACGAAGCGGGAAAGCCGGAGGAGCAAGGAUCUGAAGUUGAAGAGCAAGGAAAGAGUGAGGAAGGCGGUGCCGAUGAUAAGGAAGAGAAGAUCGGCGGGGAGGAUAAGGAGAAGGAGAAGGAGGAAAGGAGAAGAAGAGGAUGAAGAAGGAGAAGAAGAAGGAG